AUGGCAACCUUAUCACUGUUAGCAACUGUAUGCGCUGCCGGAUGGUCCUCGCCAGCCAUCCCGGCACUCAAAGGCGAGGGCUCUCCCAUUCCGAUCACCGCAGACCAGGGCUCGUGGAUUGUAGCGAUUCUCUCGAUAGGAUCACUACUCGGUCCCGUUCUCACCAGCCUAACAGUCGACAGUUGUGGGCGAAAGCUGACGCUUUUACUGUCGGUUAUUCCUCUGUCUAUCGGAUGGAUAAUGAUUGCACUAGCAGAACACGUUCAUACUAUCUACAUUGCCCGCUUCCUUCAUGGAAUAUCGUAUGGUACUGCAUAUUCGGCUGCUCCUAUCUAUCUGGGUGAAAUAUCUUCGACAGCGAUACGUGGCUCAACGGGUGUACUUGUAACUGUUAUGGCUAAACUGGCUUUUCUGAUACAAUACAGCAUCGGUCCUUUCGUUGAUUUUAAAACUUUAGCUUGGAUUUCUUUGAUUUUUCCCGUUCUAUUCAUGAUUCUGUUUUACUGGAUGCCAGAAUCGCCAUAUUAUUGGUUAUCAAAAAGCAACGAUACUGCCGCCCUCGUUUGCCUCUGUUGGUUACGACGAUGUGAUGAAUAUUCGGAAGUAGUACGUCGAGAGUAUAGUGAAAUGAAAACUAUCAUUGAAAAAAAUCGCCAUAGGCAAAUUAGUGUGAGAGAACUUUUUGUCAAAUCAAAUCGAAAAUGUUUGAUAGUUAUUUUAUUGAUGUCAUGCGGAAUGCAGUUUACCGGUAUCAAUGCAAUUUUAGGCUAUUCGCAAACCAUAUUUUCAGAUCUGCAUAUGAGUUUACAUGCCACCGAAUUAUCAAUUAUUUUAGCAAUUGUUCAACUACUGGCUGUAAUUGUGCCAACUUUUCUAAUUGACAAAGCUGGCCGUAGGCCUUUAUUGCUCAUUUCUUGUGGAGGAUCUCUGCUCGGACUUGCUUUUUGUAGUGUAUAUUUCACUCUAGAUGCGUUCAACUACCCUGUUCAGCAGUUCAGUUGGGUUCCAUUUCUAGGCACUCUGAUUUUUAUAAUAUCUUUUGCCAUCGGUUUAGCAACUGUACCUUUCGCCAUACUUGGUGAAAUAUUCCCAAAGAACAUCAAGGCGAAAGCAAAUGCUAUGUUCGCCAUCAUAACGUCCGUGGCAGUUUUUGCUGUGGUCAAACUGUUUCAGGUUGUCUCGGAUGGUAUAGGAACAUACGUUUCAUUUUGGGCAUUCUGCGUGUGCACUGCCAUAACAGGUACGUUGAUAUACUUUAUCAUACCAGAGACCAAAGGUUUAUCUUUUGGAGAAAUACAGGAAAUUAUGAUUAAAAAUAAUCGAAAUGAGCGCAGGAAAAAAACAUUCCAUUGA